CAGCCUAGGAGACUGCUUGGGAAACAGCAGGGACUCAAUAAGCGCUUGCCGUGCCCAGGAGGGGAAAGGCUGGGGUAGAUGCCGUGGCGGCUCACGGGUGCCCGAUCCCCCCUCCUAGGCCUGGAGCUGCCCGACCGGGCCCUGCGAGGGCCCCUCACCUGGGGCCAGGCUGACUAUCUGAGGAAGACGGACAGCGGCCCCAAGCCAAGCCGCAAGAGGAGCCGGACGGUGUUCAGCGCCGAGCAGCUGGACGAGCUGGAGAAGGCCUUCCUGAAGCAGCCCUACCUGGUGGGCAUGGAGAGGACCCAGCUCGCCAAGCAGCUGCAUCUCUCCGAGACCCAGGUCAAAGUGUGGUUCCAGAACCGCAGGAUCAAGGGCCGCAAGCAAAGCCUGGAACAGAAGAAAAAAAAGCCGCCCUUUUCCCCGCCCAUGUCGCCCCAGGAGCCCAGCAGCAGCAGCAGCGAAGACAAAGACGGUACGGUGACACUGGCAGCCGAAAGAUCCUCCCCUUUGGUUCCUUGUUAUGUCCCGGCGUGCGGGUGCUCCGGGGUCCGGCUGCGUCUCCUUCCCUUCUCUCCCUCCCCUGCCCCCCUUUAGGGUAACCCCCAGGGCCAUUGGGGUCCGUCCCUCUGCCUUUAAGUUUCAUUUCUGUGUCCCUUCCUGGGAAAUGGAAAGCUUCUCUGCCUCAGGUCUGGCAAAGAGCAGGAAGUGGGAAACGACGUCCAUCAAGUAUUGAGCGCUUACUGUAUGCUCGUUUCCUAUCUUUUGCCUUACGCUGUCCCCACCUCUUAUCUGCCAGACCCAGUGUUGGCCACCUUUAUCCGCCUAAGUGAGGCUGACUGUCCGAGCAGCGGGUCAGAGUUCUAGAAUGCGCGAUACCAGAACCUGGGAGAAAUCACUUCAGCUUGCUCGGACCUCAGUUUCCCCAAAUGCAAAGAAGGGAGAAGAUGCCCUCUGAGUGACUUUGUAUCUGGGGGCUUAGAUCUCUGAAGCAGGCCGAGGAAGGAGGCAGUGUCUAAUUUUCCCAUUUUACAGAUGAGGAAACGGAGGCAGAUAGGUUUAGGCAAUUUGCCCAGAAUCACGCAGCUAGUAAGUCCCUGAGCCUGGAUUUGAACUUGGCUUUUCCUGACUCCCAAGUCACGUAGCUUGAUUCUGUGACUCCCAGGGCUCAGUUUCUUCAGCUGUAAAAUGGGGUUAGGAGGAGAUGCCCUCUGAGGGUCUCAAUCUCUGGGUUCCCACCCUCCGCCCUUGUCAGAGGGGAAGAGCUUCUUGCCCGUAAGGACUGUGCUGGGGAAUGGGGCUGAGUCCCAGCCUCUCUAAGGGUUAAUCCCCCCGGAGUCUCUGGAAAAUGCAGGUGGAGAAAGGAGGGCGGCUGCUAGCUCAGACUGCAGGUGCGGCUAUUGGUCCCCUGGGCUGGGCGAAGGCCUCUGGCCGGGGCCUCUCCAGCUGAAGGCGGGAGGGAAGCAUUUAACCCAUUGUUCACUGGGCCAUUUUUCUCCCUCCUUCUCUCCCAGAUCCCAUCUUUCCUCCUUCAAAAGCUUGAGGAUUUCCUGCACACCCCGUUUAGAGAAGGGCGAGGGACCAGCCAGGAGCUGAGGCGGCCUCCGAGGUGGAAGGCUGCUUAGGAGAAGCUGUGCUCCUGUUCUCCUUUUGGGGCUCGUUUAUGGAGACUUGGAUUUGUCUUUUUGGACUAGAACUGUACAGUAACCGAUGCUGCAUUUUUAGGAUGCCCGCAGGAGUCCGCGCCUUCCAGAACGGCCGGCAGUUAUCCUUGUCCCGUCCUCCAGCCUCGGGCCUGUGAAUCCCGCGGAGCCCCCAGCCUCCCCGGGAGUCUCCGAGACGAAGGCCGUGCUUCGAAGCCCUUGGUCCCCCAGGAGGGGCCGCGGGGAGGCGCGCUGGGCUCUGCAGAGCUCCCGGGGAAGCCUUUCAAAGCCGGACUGGCCACGCUGGUCCUCUCGGCCAAGCACCUUCAGCAGGCCCCUGCCGCGAACAUUAAGGGUUUAUGAUCUGUCCCGCCCCGAGUGCUGGACGGAGACCCUGCUAGUCUCGACUGACAUUAGUGCUUGUGAGAGUCUGGGCCAGGGACUCGGGCAGCUCCAAAGAAAGAUCUUCACGUCAUCGCAGAGUUUGCCACGCAGGGAGACCCCCCUCCCUUUGAUGAAUCACUGGU